AUGUCCUUAUCGCCACAGACGCCACUGUCAUCGACGCCGGCACCGGAAGGAGCGGAGAAGGCCGUUCGAGCGCUCACACUGUUUGAGACGCUCCGUACGUCCCUUGAGGCCGACCGACUACACAUGCAACCCGUGGUCGUUGCGACGUCGAGCCCAACAACAACAGCGGCGGCGACGAAGAAGGGCCGGGCAAGACACGGUGCUCCCACCGUUGCCGCUGCCGCUGCGGGUUGGACGGAUGGCACCGCCGCCGCGGAGGAUCCCGAGAAACAGCUUCUGCGGCGGCAGCUGCAGCAUGCGGAGGAGCUCGUGAAGAAACUGCAUGACAAAAACACCGCCCUCCGCCGCAGCCUUCAGCAACUGGAGGAGGCGGAAGCGGACAGUAGGGCGCAGCUGACAGCGAAGACCGCCUCCGUUGCCCAGCAAGAGCGCCAGCAGCAGCAGGUGAUGGCACAGCUGAGGUCAAAAGUGAAGGAACUGUCGGCAGCCCUUGCAGAGCAACAGCAGCAGCGGCGACUAGACCAGGCGGAGGCCCCACCCGCGCCUCCAGCGGCAGCAACAGCAACAGCAGCAGCAGGGAGCUCGCAGAAUCAAUCAGUGCGCAUCCUUGCACUAGAGUCCGAACUGGGAGCGCUCGCUCACCGCGUGAAGCUCUGUGAGGCCCAACGAGAUCGUCUAGCCGAAGUUCAGCUCGCCUCCGUGCUGCUCGCACCCGUGCCGCCGCCGUCCCAGGGCCAACCAGGCGCCGCGUUAGACGCAGCAAAGCAGAGUGCACAGGAAGCCCGCAUCGCCAAGCUGGUGAAUGGGGAAGUGCGGAAGCUUUUCGCGGCGAUGCGUCUGCAGUUGGUGGAGGAGGCAACUCUUCGCGAGGUGGAGCGCAGCCGUCGCAACGAACUCCUCUUUUUACAGGAGCGACAGAAGGAUGCUGACGGCGGUGACCUGUGA